UUUCCCUGUUUCUCCGCUCGCCUCGCUCACGCUCAGAGUCUUACCCAAUCCCAGAAUACUCUCAGCAAAACGAUGUCGUCGCUGAGAAUGUAUAAUGCGAUGGAGACUGCCUCCGGUGCCCAUUUCUACGGUUUGCGUCCCGAUGGCCUUCUCUCCUCCUCUGCUUCGUCUCCGCGCUCUCCUUCCUCUUCACUCUCUGCACCUUCCGGUGAUCAUAGCCUUCCGAAACAGCCCUUCGUUAUAGGAGUAACGGGAGGUACGGCAUCAGGGAAGACUACAGUGUGUGAUAUGAUUAUUCAACAACUACAUGAUCAUAGAGUUGUGCUUGUCAAUCAGGAUUCUUUCUACCGCGGUUUAACAGCUAAAGAAUUGGAAGAUGUGCAUGAAUAUAAUUUUGAUCAUCCAGAUGCAUUUGAUACAGAACAACUUCUGGAUUGCAUUCACAAGCUCAAGUCUGGACAGUCUGUUCAUGUUCCAAUAUAUGAUUUUAAGACUCAUCAACGUUGUUCUGAUAGUUUUCGACAGGUAAAUGCUUCUGAUGUAAUUAUUUUGGAGGGCAUACUGGUAUUCCAUGAUCAGUGUGUUCGGGACUUGAUGAAUAUGAAAAUCUUUGUUGAUGCAGAUGCUGAUGUAAGGCUUGCUCGCAGAAUAAGUCGUGACACAGUUGAGAGGGGUAGAGAUAUACAGUCUGUUCUUGAACAGUAUGCGAAAUUCGUCAAGCCUGCUUUUGAUAAUUUUAUUCUUCCAUCAAAGAAGUUUGCUGAUGUUAUCAUACCUCGGGGUGGUGAGAAUCAUGUUGCAAUUGAUUUGAUUGUGCAACAUAUCCGCACAAAGCUUGGCCAGCAUGAUCUCUGCAAAAUAUAUCCUAAUGUGAAUGUUAUUCACUCUACAUUCCAGAUAAGGGGUAUGCAUACUCUGAUUCGUGACAGAGAAAUAUCGAAACAUGAUUUUGUUUUUUAUUCAGACCGGCUGAUACGCCUGGUUGUGGAGCAUGGCCUUGGCUACUUGCCAUUCCUCGAGAAGCAAGUGUUCACUCCAACAGGAUCAGUAUAUACUGGAGUUGAAUUUUGCAAGAAACUGUGUGGAGUAUCCAUUAUCCGAAGCGGUGAAAGCAUGGAAAAUGCGUUGCGGGCAUGUUGCAAAGGAAUAAAAAUAGGGAAAAUCCUCAUUCACCGUGACGGUGAUAACGGGAAACAGCUUAUUUAUGAGAAGCUUCCCAAAGAUAUUUCAGAACGGCAUGUCCUCCUCCUGGACCCAGUUCUUGCUACUGGCAACUCCGCAAACCAGGCAAUCGAACUUCUUCUAAAGAAGGGGGUUCCGGAAUGCUCCAUAAUAUUCCUUAAUCUUAUCUCUGCUCCAGAGGGAAUACAGUGCGUAUGCAAUAGGUUCCCAUCUCUGAAAAUUGUGACGUCGGAGAUUGAUGCUAAAUUAAAUGAGGAGUUUCGAGUCAUACCAGGGUUGGGGGAGUUUGGUGACCGCUACUUUGGCACUGAUGAUUACUUUGUGCCAAUUGAAUAAGGUGAAGUUAGAAACUCACGGGUCGAUCCGCCCCAUUUGGCCUACAUGAAAUGGGGAACCACCCAACUUCCAUAAAAUUGAAGGAAAUUUAUUAAUCUAAUUGGAAUAAUAAAUAAGUAAUCAAAGUUAGCAACUUAAGGCUUCCAUGAUAAACAUUCAAAUUCACUGUGACCUAUUAUUUGAUGAAUUCUUUUUUCUUUUU